AUGUUAGUGGAGGAUGAGCAGAAGGGGGAGUGGAGGUUAACAUGUUAUUAUGGAUAUCCGGAGCGUAGUAGACGGAGACAUGCAUGGAAUCUUUUGCGAGAGUUAGUUAAUGUGUCCCUUGUACCCUGGUGUAUAAUUGGUGAUUUUAAUUAUCUACUUUCACAGGAGGAUAAAAAGGGCAUUCACCCACAUCCCAAUUGGUUGUGUAUGGGAUUUAGACAAGCUAUCGCUGACUGUAAUUUAAUCGAUAUUCCUCUUGCAGGACACCCAUUUACUUGGAUCAAAAGCCGAGGUACACCUCAUGUUAUUGAAGAGCGGUUGGAUAGAGCUAUGGCUAGUACGAGUUGGCUGCAUCUCUUUCCUGACGUAAGACUAUCUAACCUCUUGGCCUCACAUUCAGAUCAUAGUCCAAUUUUACUUCAAUGCUCUCCUACUAUAACAGUCCGCUUCAAUGGCUCCUUUCGGUUUGAGAAUAAAUGGCUGAAGGAACCGGAUUUGGAAGAGACGGUGAUUGAUGGUUGGGGUGUGAAUGACAAUGUUGCGAUAGUUGAUCGUGUUGCUCGGUGUGCUAACAAGUUACAAAGGUGGGGCAAAAGGAAAAGAGUGAAGUUUAAACAGGAGAUUGCAGAAUGUGUCCGUGAGAUGGAGGCGUUGAGGGAUAAUCAGGGGGAGGUAGAGAGUAGGAGGUUUCAGGAAUGCUCUAAUAAGCAUGCUACUUUACUGGUUCAGGAGGAAGGGUACUGGAAGCAGUGA